AUGAACGAAGAAACUCAUCUGCCUGCCGUGCAGCACAUGGCUCAACACGUUCUCAACCAGUUGCGAGAACAUCGAUCACGAUGUCCACCUAGUCUACGACCAACCCCCUUAUUUGUUGGCGUUCAAGGUCCACAAGGCAGUGGAAAGACUUUUCUAACUUCCCGCCUCCGUGCCUACCUUGCCAGUCCACCACACUCCCUCGCUGUAACCGUACUUUCCAUCGACGACCUCUAUCUUCCGCACUCUGGACUCCGAAGUCUUGCGGAAAGCAAUCCCCGCAAUAUCCUCUUUCAGGGAAGAGGACAGCCAGGAACACAUGAUGUGCCUCUCGGUACUUCGGUCCUUGGAAACCUCAAAAAGAUCAAUGAAGUUGAUGCAGGGACUGUGGACAUCCCUAUCUUCGAUAAGAGUCUAUUUAAUGGACAGGGGGACCGCAUAUCUGAUCGCGAGACGGUGAAAGGGCCCGUGGACGUAGUUGUGCUCGAGGGAUGGUGUGUGGGAUUUUUCCCUACAAGUAAAGAGCUCGUCGAAGAAAGGUUGAAAGAACCUGUUCCGACUCUUGAGUCCGAUAUGUUCGACAUGAAAGCCUUCGUGUCCGUGGAUCACGUACUGGCCGUCAACGAGCAAUUAAAGCGAUACGUGGAGUGGUGGAGUGCACUUGAUGCUUUCAUACAGAUAAAGGGGCCUUCGUCUGCACAGCUAUCUAUCAUAUAUCAGUGGAGAUUACAACAGGAACACAAUAUGAAAGCUAAGAAUGGCGGAAAAGGCAUGACCGAUGACCAAGUCAAGACCUUCGUAGACCGCUAUAUUCCCGGAUAUGUCUUUUUUGGUGACGGAGUGACAAAAGGAUUUUCAGGCGGUGAAGGAGUGGAAACAGAGCGACUACCGUCGUGGAUAGGGAAAGGACUAUCAGUUACGAUUGGUGAUGAUAGAGAGCUCUUACAUGUCAGUAAUUUUUAG